GAUUUUUUCUUUUCAAUGCUCGUAAUUGAAAAUUAGGUUGUACAAGAGUAACUCAUCAAACAGAGAUAAAAUAGUGGACCCCACAUACAUCCUAUACAGAAAAAGGUCAUGAAGUAAAAUCUGACGACUAUCAUUAUAGCUUUAUUCUCGAUCACAUCAGCAAAUCUUGAAAAUAAAAAUCCAUAUCUCUUCUCCAACCCAACCAAAUUUGUUGUUGAUCUUCUGGGACCAAAGAGGCGACUUUAUAUACAUAUAUGUUUUUUUGUAUUUUGAUAUUCUACAUUUGGGUAUAGUGACAAUUUAGAAAAUGUUCCCAGACUUAAAUCAGUAUCAGUCUCUCUGGUGAAACCUGAUAUAGAUCUUUCGAAUUAAAACAAUCCUUUGGAAGCUACUUUAGAUGUGCACUUGCGCAACUCUACUGUAUGACUCCAAACAGUUAACUGUUAGUUUACUGUACAAUGGACAGUACAUGGUUAUUUAGCACAAAGAGAAUUUCACUCUCUCGUGGGUAGUAAGGUGGGAUAUAGCAUGGAGCCUAAAAAAAAAAGUGUCUUUACUGUUCCUCAUGCAUACACAUUGGUGUGCAUAAUCCAUCAGUUGAUGGACUGGUGUGGGCGAGAAACUCCUUUAAGGAGAACAGUUUCUAAGAGACAAUGGAAAACCUGUUUAAAAGAUAUUGUAUCAUGGUGUCAUCCAUUAAAAUGAUCUAUUUAUCUUGGAUAAAGUCCUCUCCUUCUAUGGCACUCUUGUAUACACUCUGUUCUUCUCUCAUCGCACUAGUCUUGUUGCACAAGAUAAAUAGAUUUACAGCAAAGGUAAUAAAUUUUCAAAAGGUAUAGUUUCUAUUAGGCGAGUAGUGAUAAUAGUAGUAGUAUCGCACGCACACACACACAGUUGUAGGAAUUAAAGUCGCAUCCACUGAAGAACUCAUUCUAAACACCUAAAAAAAAAAGUGCGUGAUUUGUGUAAAUGACAGAGUACUUAAAGGAUCUCGCGUCCAGUAGGCCCGGUGAUGCGAAGCCUCCGAUCAAUCUUGGCCCUUACGACAAUCCACUGCUCUGGAAUAAAUUGGAUCCCUUCGGGGCCGAUCGUGGCCAUCAGCGCCGCCCGAUGACUGUCUCGCGGGACUUCAUGGAGCUUAACCAGGUGCCAAUUGUCUUUCGCGACCAGUGCGUCCACCGUUGGGUGCCUUUCCACCGCUGUCUAAAAAACUUAAAACCCGUCACUUGGGGGACCGUCAAUUGCCACGAGUUUGAGGAAGCCUGGUUGAUCUGCCGCUCCUACGAAACCUACCGCAUGCAGCUCCUGAAGACAAAAUUUAUGGAGCUCACCAAGGACUACACCGCUGAGGAUAAGAAAUUUUUCCCCAGCAUGCGCUAUGUCAGCCUACCGUACUAUAUUUCGUCCUUCUACUGGAGCCUUGCUGCGUCGCAGCGGCUGAGCGGGUGGGAUGAGAGGGACCCAGCGAAUCCUGUGAUGCAAAAGGAACCAAAUCGGUCGUUGAUGCGUUCGGAGUUUUCGCUUACGAAUUGGGAACAAGGAACUCUGACGAGCGCUUACGGGCACAAGCUCAUUUCGGAUAAGGUGGUUCACGAUAUGGUGCCCGGAUUUCCUCUACCAGAGGAUAAAAGGCCGAUUGAGGAAUGA